CGAGCAAUGAAACAAACAAACCCUCACUAAACUGGCAAACCUAGAGAUUCGAGAGAGUAACCCAAGCGCAGCCAUGGAAGAGAAAGCAGAGGAAAUAUGCCAAGCUGCCAUGGCUGGUGACCUCAGUACCAUCACUUCGUUCAUUGAAGCCGGUUACGAUGUAUCUUACUUCGAUGCUGACGGCCUCACUCCAUUGAUGCAUGCCGCCAAGCACGGCCACACUGAAGUGGUGCGUAAACUUCUUGAAGCCGGUGCUCCUUGGAACGCUCUUUCUCCUUCUUCUCUUUCUGCUGGUGAUUUUGCUAUGGAUAAUGGUCACCAAGAUGCAUUUGACCUACUUCUUAAUACCGGGGUACAAGCUGAAUUGAUUCUUGGUACAAUUGCAAGAAAAGAAAAAGACAAUGGAUGUUCCAAUGAGUGUUAUUUGGACGAUAGAGUUAGCUUUAGUGAAGAUAAGCUGAUGGACACAGAUAGCAAGGCUGUUAUGAUGGCAUGGGAAAAACCAUUAAUGGAGGCUCAUGCAAAAGCUAUUUGCUCAGGAGGUGGUCAUGUGCUGAAUAUUGGAUUUGGAAUGGGUCUGGUUGAUACAGCCAUCCAGCAGUAUAGUCCUGUUUCACAUACUAUAAUUGAGGCUCACCCUGAGGUUUAUGAUCGUAUGCUUCGAAAUGGAUGGGGUGAGAAGGAAAACGUGAAGAUUUUGUUUGGUCGGUGGCAAGAUGUUCUUCCACAGCUUGAUUCCUAUGAUGGUAUAUUCUUCGACACAUAUGGAGAAUACUACGAAGACAUGCGAGAAUUCCACCAACAUCUUCCUAAAUUAUUGAAGCCCGGGGGUAUUUACUCAUUCUUCAAUGGUCUAUGUGGAGAUAAUGCCUUCUUUCAUGUUGUUUACUGCAAUUUAGUUUCUUUAGAACUUGAAAACUUGGGAUAUACUACUCAGUUAAUCCCUUUACCAGUCAGACAUUGUCUAGCAGAAGAUGUUUGGAAAGGUGUAAGGCAGAAGUACUGGCAACUAGACACAUACUACCUUCCUGUUUGUCAAUACACAGAUGAUUCCGAUUCUGUGUGACUAUUGAAGGAAGUACUUUUACAAUGGGGUCUUAGUCUAGUCCUUUAGUGAACUUUUACUUGAUCUGAAAAUUGGCUAGUAGUCGCCUUAGUUGUUUUAACGGUUUUGUUUAAUAUAAUAGAAAUUGACCGAUUUUUCUUGCUUUGAUGAAUGACCGAAACCUUAUGCACUGAUCAAAGUGCUCUCUUGUAUGCUACUGGUCUAUUACAUUGGUAAGAUCAGAGUUGGAGCAUUUUAUGUCGGGUGCAUUUUAAUAAAUAGUGAAAACUAAAAUUCUUUGCGAUC